AUGCCGGCGGCGGAGGCGCAGCUGGCGGACUGCGCGUGGUCCUACGGCAUGAAGCUCAGCUGGGACAUCAACGACCCGCAGAUGCCGCAGAAGCCAGCUCACUUUGACCGCUUCUGCGAGUGGCCGGACGGCUAUGUGCGCUUCAUCUACAGCAGCGAGGAGAAGAAGGCGCAGCGCCACCUGAGCGGCUGGGCCAUGCGCAACACCAACAACCACAACGGCCACAUCCUCAAGAAGUCGUGCCUGGGCGUGGUGGUGUGUGCGCGGGACUGCGCCCUGCCGGACGGCUCGCGGCUGCAGCUGCGGCCGGCCAUCUGCGACAAGGCGCGGCUGAAGCAGCAGAAGAAGCCUUGUCCCAACUGUCACUCUGCCUUGGAAUUGAUCCCCUGUCGUGGGCACAGCGGUUACCCUGUAACCAACUUCUGGCGACUGGAUGGCAACGCAAUCUUUUUCCAGGCCAAGGGAGUUCAUGAUCACCCAAGACCAGAGAGUAAAUCAGAGACGGAAGCUAGAAGAAGUGCCGUCAAGAGACAAAUGGCUUCUUUUUACCAACCACAGAAAAAGAGAAUUCGAGAACCUGAGGCAGGAGAGAGUCAAGAUCACAGGAGACAUUUCAACAACAUCCCUUCCCUGGAGAACCCAGAGGACUUGGAUGUGAUUCCUGAUGCUGGCUUCCCUGUUCCGGGCCAGCCCUGCCUUUCCUUUCCAAACUCGGAUGCUUACAAAGCUACCUGCGACCUCACCACCUUCCAGGGAGACAUAGUACCGCCCUUUCAGAAAUAUUCGAACCCAAGAAUCUAUUUGCCCCGGCCCGCCUGCAGCUAUGAAUUGGCAGAUCCUGGGGACGCAAAUUCGAGCCCAUAUCCCACCUUUUAUAAAGACGCCAGCAGUAUCCCUAAGGACGCGGACUGGGUUCAUCUGAACACCCUGCAGUGCAACGUCAACACCUACAGCAGCUUUGAGAGGAGUUUUGAUUUCACCAGUAAACAGCACGGCUGGAAAGCAGCCCUUGGAAAAGCUGGCCCGGGGGAGAGGCUGGACCAAGCACAGUUCCCGCCCGAGGCCGCUCACCCUCAGUACACCCCACAGCCCCCCUGCAGGUACCUCACGACCGCCCCUCCCGCCGCUCCAGCCCUUCAGACGGUGAUCACCACCACCACCAAAGUCUCCUACCAGGCCUACCCGCCCCCCGCCCUGAAAUAUCGAGACAAUGUACGGGAGGUAAAGAGCCUCUCCAGCUGCAACUAUGCUUCUGAAAACACCCAGAUGUCCAUCUACGCAGAAGCCUUGGACCUUCCAGCUCCCGUCGUCACGGCAACCUCCCCAACAGCAUCGCUUCCUCUGAAGAUUCCCAGAGAUUGCUGGACCGUCAGACAACACGCUCUGCCCCCCAGGACAGAUGGAGCGGAGACCUGGGACGUGUGUCCCUCCGGACUGGGGUCUACAGUUGGGUAUGCAGAUCGAAUCAGUCCGUUCUUUAGCUGUGACAAUGAGGACUUUUGA